AUUUAAGGAUUCCCGCACCAUUUAUACUGUAGGUGAUAUCAUCAAAGAUGUGCGACAAAAUUUUGGUGUGACCAUAAGCUACUCAAAAGCUUGGAGAAGCCGAGAGUUAGCUUUAAAGAUAAUUAGAGGGUCUGCAAAAGAGUCAUAUGCUAUUCUCCCUUCCUAUUGUUAUGAAUUGGAGCGUACAAAUCCUGGAACUUUGACAUACAUUGAGACUGAUGCAGCCAACCACUUUUUAUAUUUUUUUAUGUCAAUUGGUGCAUGCAUAAGAGGAUUUAAGUCCUCAAUGCGUCCUGUGAUUGCUGUUGAUGCUACCCAUUUGAAGUGCAAGUACAAAGGUGUUUUGUUUGUUGCCACUGCAUUUGACGGAAAUCGUAAUAUAUAUCCUCUUGCCUUUGGGAUUGGAGAUUUGGAGACGGAUGCAGCUUGGGAGUGGUUUUUCACAAAACUACAUUGUGCAAUUGGUGAUUGCUCGAAUCUCGUUGUCAUAUCUGAUCGAAAUCUUAGCAUAGAAAAUGGGUUGAAAAGAGUUUUUCCUGAGGCAGCACAUGGUAUUUGCUUUUAUCACUUGAAGGACAAUAUGAAAGCCUCAUUUAAGUUGAAGAAGUGGGAUCCGAUAUUGGGGUUUUUUGUGCGGGCAGCCAAGUCUUACCGUCUAGCAGAGUUCAAUCGGUAUUUCUCCAUGAUAAACAAUGAGCGAGUGCAAACUUAUCUAGUACGUGCAGGGCUCCAUAAGUGGUCUCGAGCCCAUUGUGACAGACGACGAUAUAAUGUCAUGACAACUAAUAUUGCAGAGUCCAUUAAUUCAGUUCUUCGUUUUGCAAGGAUGCUUCCGGUGGUACAUUUGAUCGAAGAAAUUAGGAAUAUGCUUCAGAAUUGGUUUUAUCAACGUCGAGAUUUAUCAAUGAAAUGUAAAUCUAUGUUGUGCCCUGAUUUAGGGGAAAAGAAGUUGAGGAAGAGAUUAGACGCUGCUUCAAGGAUGAAUGUGGUUAAAAUCAAUGAUGUGGAGUAUAAUGUGCUUGAUGGUGAUAUGAACGGUCUCGUGCACUUGCAAAACCAUAGUUGUACGUGUAGAAAGUUUGACUUAGAGCAACUCCCGUGCAAGCAUGCUAUUGUG